AUAAACUUUGACACAUCGGUUGGAGUGAUUUAAGAUGUUAUUUCUAGCCGUUAAAUGUCUAUGUGGCACUUUCGACACAUCGGUUGGAGAUGCUGAACACAUUAAAAAUGCAAAUAGAAAGUUUUUUUUUUUUUUUUCAGUUGGUAAAGAGAAAUUCCUCCCUUUAGGUUAAUUAACCAAGUAUUUUUAAUAGCAGACAAUCUUCUUUUUAUUUUAUGGAUAGUAGAAAGAACUCUUUCUUCAGACCAGAAAAAAAAAAAAGAAAAAAAAAAAAAAGAAGAAGAAGAAGUAAGAAGAAAGAACUCCGCCUUUGACAGACACAAUACCCUUCUUCCUCCUAAAAUCAUAAGAAAAUAAAAUUGCUUCCUCGGCUCCAUUUGUCGGCACAGCAGAGGACCAUGAAGAAAUAGUUGUGGCAGAUAACUGUUCCUGUUUGAGUGCCCAGCUAAUUGCUGUUGGUGGUCUUAUGUAAGUACACCUGGCAGGACUUUGGAGCCAAGCUGCAAGAGACUGAUAAGCCUUCAUCAGAUUGCUUAAUUCCAGGGCUUGAAGAUACAGAGACAAAGAAGAAGAAGGGGAACCAGAACUGGAAUCAGACCGUUGCAGUGAUAACCAUACCGGUUGCUCUUAAGAUCGCCAUUGAGUUUAGAACGAGGAGUUUGUCUAAGUUGCAGGAGAAGACGAUGAAAGUCAACAUCUUGCAGUGGCAUGCUGUUGCUUCAUGGACAUGGGAUGCACAAGAUGAAACAUGUGGGAUUUGCAGGAUGGCAUUUGAUGGUUGUUGUCCUGCUUGUAAACUCCCUGGGGAUGAUUGCCCACUAAUUUGGGGUGCAUGCAACCAUGCGUUCCAUCUUCAUUGCAUCUUAAAAUGGGUAAAUUCACAGACUUCUCAGGCGCAUUGCCCCAUGUGCCGCAGGGAGUGGCAAUUCAAAGGGUGAGAGAAAAACUGGAAUCGCUUUUAGGGUUUUCCUGCUUGCUUUCUCUUUCUUCAAGUGCAGGGGUUGCCAAUGCAGGCUUGCAAUUGUUUGAUUAUAUACUGGUUGAUGUAAAGUCAAGCACCUCCUUUGUAUUUGUUUUGUAUUGGUUGAUGUAAACAGUAGCUACAAUCAUUUAUUAUAUUCCCUCCAAUACACAUUAACCAUCUCAAUUAGAUCA